AUGAAGCUUUUGGCUAGCGCUAUUGGGCUCGCAAGUGUAGUUUCAACAUCGCUUGCGAGUCCCACCGAGUCUAUUUCGUCUCGAGAUACCCGCAUAAGCUACGAUGGUCACCACGUCUAUCGUAUCGAUACCAAUACACAGAAAGACAUAGAGGACGCCAAGGCCAAGUUCGCUCAUCUCCCAACUCUUCAAUCCCACGAUAGCUUUGAGGUCGUUGUUCCGCCCAAUGAGGUCCAAGCGGUAGAAGAUCUUGGUUUGAAUAUCCGCCUUCUCAGUAACGAUCUAGGGGCUCAAAUACGCGCCGAAGCCGUUCAGGCGACCUACAAAAGGGAAUUGAGCAAGAAAGGAGAACUACCUGAUCUAAGCUGGUUCGAAAGCUACCAUGCCUACGAAGAUCAUCUCACUUACUGGGAUGAUCUCCAAGCUUCAUUCCCCAAUAACUCAGAGAAGAUUAAUCUCGGACAAUCAUAUGAGGGAAGAGACCUCUAUGCCUUUCACCUCUGGGGAGACGAGGGAAAUUCUGAAGAAAAGCCUAUCAUCUACUGGCACGGCACUGUCCAUGCGAGGGAAUGGAUCACCACAAUGGUAGUCGAAUAUCUGACCUACCAGCUCAUUGACGGAUAUACCUCUGGUGAUGCGAAUGUCACAUCAUUUUUAAACUAUUACGACUUCUGGAUCGUUCCGUUCCACAACCCUGACGGAUUUAAGUACACACAGACCACCAACAGACUGUGGCGUAAGAGCAGGCAGCCUCGUAGCAAUACAACUUGUAUCGGUACUGAUCUGAACCGCAACUGGGACUAUACGUGGUACCUUGAUCCAGAGGGUGGUGGCUCUGUUUCGACAAACCCUUGCUCCGAGACCUUCAAGGGCCGUGGACCUGGCGAUACCCCCGAGAACAUUGUUCUCUCAGCCUUAUCUAAAAAGCUCGCAACCACGGGUCAAGGAAUCAGGUCCUAUAUUGAUUGGCACUCCUAUUCCCAGCUGAUUCUCACCCCUUGGGGAUGGAGCUGUGCACCUGAAGACCUUCCUGCCACUCUCCCUCGCAUGAGAGAAGUCGGUGAAGGUGUUGCAAGGGCCAUACGUGCAGUCGACGGUAAAGAGUUCAUAGUUGGCCCUGCCUGUGAGGUACUCUACUCCUCUACAGGGACUGGGCGUGAUUACCACCACGGAGUGCUUGCAGCCAACCAUUCCUGGAGUCUUGAGUUGAGGCCUACCAGUUCCGGGGAAGGUGGAUUUAUCUUGCCUCCGGAGCAAAUCUGGCCUUCUGUAAGGGAACAAUGGGCUGGCCAGCUCUGGAUGCUUGAUGAGAUCAAGAAUGACUAG